GUUGUGGCAAGACGACGCAAGUUGCCCAGUUCAUUGACGAUCAUAUCGAACAUAUGAAAGGGUCCGUGUGCAAAAUAGUGUGUACACAACCACGUAGAAUAAGCGCUAUAUCCGUAGCGGAAAGAGUUGCGAAAGAAAGAGACGAGAAGUUAGGACACAGUGUCGGAUUCCAGAUUAGAUUAGAAAAGAUAGCUCCUAGAGAUAAAGGCUCGAUUCUAUAUUGUACAACAGGAGUGUUGUUGAAAUUCAUGGAAUCAGACCCAUCUUUUGGCCAGUGUUUCCCCAUCUGAUUAAUCGAUGAGAUACACGAAAGAGAUGUGAUAUCGGACUUUUUAAUUACCGUUCUAAAAGAUGUAAUACGUUUUAGGAAGGAUUUGAAGAUUAUACUCAUGAGACAUGUUUUUGAACGAAUUACACCCAAGCCCGAGAGUGAAAAAUUGAACGUGAAAUUGAUUUUUGCAUUGCUGAAGUAUAUUUGUCAAAAGGAGAAAAUUAAUGGUGCUAUAUUAGUGUUCGUUACUGGGUUCGCCGAAAUCCAAGGCCUCAUGAAACUAAUGGAGCAGUCUUAUCAAUUCCCAUCAUACAAAUACAAAAUUUUUCCUCUGCACUCUCAACUGCCUACAACAGAGCAAAGACAGAUAUUUUUGCCUGCACCGCAAGGAACGACGAAAAUAAUUAUAGCAACGAAUAUAGCGGAAACGUCAAUUACUAUUGACGAUGUCUUGUUAUUGUCAACUGGUAUUGAAACGUUACAACCUGAAAGGGGGCAAACGCUUCACGUAAAAGGUAAAGGUAGAACAGGGCGAGUACAAGCAGGUGUAUGUUAUCAUUUGAUCAGUAAAGUUCGUUACGAGAUGCUUGACAGGUUCCAAAAACCGGAAGUUCUACGAAAACGACUGGAGAGUGUCAUUCUCCAAUUAAAAAUGUUGCAACUAGGAAAGGCUCAAGAAUUUUUGAGCAGACUAAUGGAUCCUCCUGAACCAAUUUCGGUGACUAAUUCGUUGACGCUUCUAUCCCGAUUGGGGGCUCUCGAUGAAGAGGAAGCUCUCACUCCGCUGGGACUCCACAUGGCGAAACUACCGGUGCAAGCUCACUGUGCCAAAAUGCUCAUCAUGGGCGCUCUGUUCAACUGCCUGGAUCCUGUUUUAUCUGUAGCCGCUGCAUUAG